AUGGACUACGAUUACCGGGGGAUGGACGCCGAUGACUCGGGCCCGCGCAUCAACAUCAGCGAGACCACUCCCAUCUCAGCCAAAUUCGUCCUAAGCAACACCACCCUGUCCCUGGCCAACAGUGUCCGCCGCACCAUGCACGCCGAAGUCCCUACCCUGGCCAUUGAUCUCGUUGAAGUCGAGUCCAACACGUCCGUACUGGCCGACGAGUUCCUAGCCCACCGCUUGGGCCUGAUUCCGCUCUCGGCCAAGAACAUCGAUGAUCUGCUGUACACACGCGACUGUGACUGCGACCAGUACUGCGAAAACUGCGCCGUCGUUUUGCGCCUCAGUGCUGUGAACCGCAACUCGGACGAGACUGUCAAGGUCUUUGCCAAAGAUCUCUACAUCGACGCUUCUUUCAGCCAAUACCGCCCCAACGCCGACAAUGAUGGCCCUCAGCGCGGUGCUCCCGUCAUUAUGGAUCCCGACGGUAACGGUCCCCUCAUCUGCAAGCUGCGCCGUAACCAAGAGCUCAAGCUACGCUGUAUCGCAAAGAAGGGAAUCGCAAAAGAACACGCAAAGUGGAUGCCCACGGCCGCCAUCUCAUUCGAAUACGAUCCUCACAACGCCCUGCGCCACGCCGAUCUGUGGUACGAAAGCGACAAAUUGGAAGAGUGGCCAGCAAGCAAGAACGCUGAAUGGGAGGAACCGCCGCAGGAAGGCGACGUCUUCGACUACGACAAAGAGCCCGAUCGUUUCUACGUCAAUAUCGAGGGAACAGGCGUCAUGCCUCCAGACACCGUCUUCCACACCGCCAUCAAAGUUCUGCAACAAAAGCUCGCCACUGUUAUUCAAGAACUGUCUCCCAACCUCCAACAAGCACACCAACAAGAUCUUGCUCAACCACCACAGAGCCCGGAUAUGAUGGACAUGACUGGCGCUGCCACAGCAUACAACAACACGACUGCAUACGGCGCUGGCUCAGUAUACGGAGGAGGCUUCGGAGGCGGCAACACCAGCGUUUAUGGCAACGCUGUACCCGGUGGAACCACACCCUAUGGCGCAACACCUUACGGUCAGAAUGGCUGGUAG